AUCUUAUUACUAUUUUUUUUUUCACGGUGCAGAAGUGACCCCACCUGAUCGUACAAAUUUCAUGAGUAGCUGCAAUCUUAUUCCUUUCUCGGAGGACAGCUUUGAUUACGAUCCUGAAGUUUACAUUCCAAGGCUUUACGAUACCACCAACACCUCAAUCAAAGCCGAACUCAUCAUUCUGACACCAGAGAAAACGAAACUCCUAGAAACUCAUAAAAUCAAGCCACCAAACAGAAACAAAUUGAUACGUGAAAAGAUCGACAAAGCUGUGCUUCACUUGCAAGAUGGUUGUGAUGGUGGACUUCGAGAGAUGCAUCCAAAGUCACAUGACAAGAUUCUUGACAGACUGAAGUUUGCCAUCAGACAAGCGGUGGAGAUUGCAGUCGAUGGAGGUAAACCAACACAGGAAUCGAUAUCGAGAAGCAUCGACAUGAAAAGGCUUCUGUUUGGUUUUGAGGAUGGCCAUCAGUACAGCAAGGAUGAUUACUGUGCUGUCAUCUUGGAAACUGUAAACAUAGUUACAGAGGAUUUGCAGGGCACCAAGACGCCUUACGAUGGAUGUCAACAUGUCGUGUUUUUUCAACCGAAUGAAAGCCGAAUGAAAAAAGGAAAAACCAAAAAUAUCCAGAUUUCGUAGUUGAUUAGUUGGUAUUCGUACGAGAGCGUUUUUGAGUUCAUAUUAACGUAGUAUCCAUUUCAUAACGAAUAAAAACUAGUGAGUUAAUCUCGGUAUGUAUAUAAUAACCUUUUUUAACUUGGCCGUGUAAAUAAUGAAUAUGCAAAGGACAGCUUAGGAAGAGCAAAGCAAAACCAAAGCAUUUAGGCAGUUACUCGAUCGGAUAUCCUGGAUUUAUUAUAUAGAUAUCGAUGAAAUACCAGGUUUUCUCUAGUGUCGAAAACUUGAUAUCUUUCACCAGUGGAAGAUACCAUAUCUUUCGCACGUGAAGAUAUCGCUGCUGAAUCGGCUUGCUAUUAUAUAUAUAAAUUGCGCGCCCAUGUAAAUUCCUCGAUAUAUUAUUGAAAAACUGAACUGCUGAACAACUAUAGACAUAGAUAUACACCUACUUGCAAAACAAUUGUCAUAGAGAAAUUGAAAAGGAAACGUUUAGUAACUUAGUAAAUUAGUAAACUUAGCGAUUAGGAAUACAUUAUCACUGACGUCAGACUCGUGUGACCCAAUCAGAUCAUACUAAGAAAAAUGCCAGGCAGCGCUAGAAUAUUCGUGGUUUUAGUUACGUAAAGUUUUCCCAGUGUCAAAGCUCUUGAAAUAUUAUAAAUGUUUAGUAUUUUUGUUAUAUCAACUUAUUUAUUUACUGAUAGCAGCAAUGUGAAAAAAUAUUCAUAUGAUCAGCGAUAAUUCACGCCAGUGAUAAUUUAUUCCUAAUCGAUAAAUU